GCCAGUGGCAUGUUUACGGAAUCUCUCCUGACUUCCUCUUUAUCCAUUUUUUAGCAAUGUUGUGUCAAACUUGCUAACAAUAGUUCCGGCAAAGGAAGUUUUUCUGGUUUUGUGGUCUAGUCCUGCUUAGCUGUGUGAUUUCUUUUCAUUGGAUGAUUGUGGCCUAAGGAUAUGCGGAGCUGACCACAUGGUGUUUCUGACUUUUCGAUGUCAGAUUCAAUAUUUCAGCCAUUGGAUUACACUAGCUAGCAAUAUCACAAAGGAGAACCGGUUGUAGGAAUUUUGUCAUUGGUACCAAGAGUCUAUGUUUAUACGCACACAUGUACUGGUACAUGUGUAGUCGUCCAUGUACAUCUGACAAGGAAUAUGUUUUUUUUUCUCAAAACAAGAUCAACUUUGAAUGCGAUAUGGAACUUUUCGGCUGUAUUGACUAAGUGACUUAUAUCUAUUGUGUAAUAAGAAAUUGGGAAUAUAUACGUCACUGAAUUUGCAUAACUUGAUGAGGUAAUUGUGGUUGGUGCUUUACCACUUCGGAAUGCCUUACGUUUUGUAUUGAGUGGCCCAGCUAGGAGUGGCUUUCUUUAAUUGCAGAUCUGCUAAUGCUGUUAUUCUGGUUCAUUUGACUACUAGAGAUGAGGGAUAUUUUUUUUUACAGCGAUUGUGAUUUCUUGUCUAGGGCUUCAAACCAAAGGAUCAGAGAGACAAAACAAUUAAGCAAGAGCUUAACUACCAAAGGAUCAACAUAAUUAAAAAGAGACUAGUCAGCAUCAAGGACAAUUUGACAACAUUUUUGAGUUUUAUUUGAGGAACAGACUUUGAACUCCCACUCCUAAAGCAUCCCGCCGGGUGACAAAAUACAAAAUCUACACCAGUCGCGACAUUCAGCCAUGACUUUGCCAUCGCGAUAAAGAACUUCUUGAAAGUGUACAUUUACGGAAUCGGAGAACAUCUCUCACUCAGCAUGGAUACGGCACGCUAUACCUACAACAGCAUCGGACGCACGCAUGGCUAUCCUAUUUCAAUGCGAUCCCUUGAGCCAGGUACAUACAUCAAGCGUUCAGCGGCCAGUCUCGCGUCCAGCCAUCGCUGUGGAACCGUCGGGGCGGGCAGCCACGCCGGCCUUGCCAGCCGAGACCGACUUGGGAACGUCCCGACCACCAUGACCAUCUCUUUCGGUCUCACAGCCGUCGGCAUUCUGUGGUCCAUCGUGUCCAUCGUUGCCACGAUGGCCUCGUCCAUCGGCCUCUUCAUGCCCUAUUGGAUGCGCGGCCACAUGUUCAACGGAACCCUACCCGUCCAUUUCGGUGUCUUCCGUCGGUGUAACUACCCGACAGCGCCCAACAACUACGUCUUCGACUGCGGACAUUAUACGACAUUCGGGGACAUACCCACGUUGACGUGGAAGAUUUGUACGAUUGUGAUCGGACUAGCCUGUAUUGCCUCUAUGUUUGUUGGACUAACAUCGUUAUUAGCCUGCUGUAUGAGGGACCUGGUCACGCGGAAAGUUGGCAAAGUCUGUGGAGCUAUUCAAUUUGUUGCAGCUCUUCUUAUUGCAGUUGGAUGUGUGUUAUAUCCGAAUGGAUGGAGUCACAUACAGGUCAAAGAGGCAUGCGGAGGAACGUCAGCGCCGUUCAACUUAGGUGAAUGUACAUUAGACUGGGCGUUCUACCUGACUGCAAGCAGUUGUGUCGCCCUCUUGCUGGCUUCACUCUUGUCCAUCCGAGCCGGUGCGACCAAGAUGAACCACUACGGGAUCUGACAGUGACCUUUGACCUUUGACAUUGGAGUACGAAGGUCACGGUGUCCUGGCGUGCCAUAAACUAUUAAAAGACACCAACAAGGUACAUGUAUAUAUUGGAUCAGGAGGUCCACGAUUCAAUGAAUGCGUUGCUUCUGUAGAGCAACACUUACGUGACGGAACAUGCAUCUUUAAAAUGGCGCCCCCAAGCUGCCAUACCGAGACAUUUCUAUGCACAACACGAAGUCCGUAUGCCAUCUAUAUAAACCACAUGAGAUGCAGGACUGCACUAUAGGUGCAGAAUCGCGGUGCGCCAAAGACAGAAGAGUGGAGGAUAGAUGGGUCUGCAUCGAUAGUCACAUUGAUAGUAUAUGUUACUAGCAUUUGUUGUAUCAGAUGUAUUCAAGAAGGUGAUUUCAAAUGUGUCUUGUGUCAGACUGUUACCAUUGAGAUUACCUGAGACAUGAGUUGCAUCAAUAGUCACACUCUACAACCAUCUGAUAGUAUGUCAUUAGCAUUCGUUGUAUCAGAUGUAUUCAAGAAGGUGAUUUCAAAUGUGUCUUGUGUCAGACUGUUACCGUUGUGAUUACCUGAGACAUUGUCCGUACCAAAGCAAAGUUAUUCAAUCUCUUGAAAAGAGUUCUCUAUGCAUUCAUUGGUAGUUGUAGCAGCAUACCGGCCUUUGUAAUCACCAAGUCCAGCAUUCGUCCAAUUCCGGAAGCAAAAGCUGACAGUUAAUAUAGGUAAUAAUUGUAAUAUUGACUGGCUUAUCUUAUGGGAGAUGCAAGGAUAUAUUGCCUGUACUGCAAUCAACUCGGUCAAUAUCAUUUCCGUAAGCGUAGUAUUUCCUGGUAUCUCCAUCAAGGCCAGUCAAUAUUAUUCAAUGAUUGCACUCUUGAAAGUUCAUUAAUGAUAUAUUAUGAAAGGCUUUAGUUACAGAUGGGUAGUUAGGGAUGCAGGCAUCUAGAGAAGCCCAUCUGAAUGAGAAACGACUUCUUCCUGUCAAAUUGAAUUAAGAGAGGAUUACUGAACACUCCAAAGCUUCAUACACCCAUGACCCAGUAAACUGCCUUAAAAAUAAAAU